UCCAUUCCUGAGAAAAAAAGAAAAGUUCCCGUGUUAACCUGUUAUCUUCUCUUCGGAUUUAAUUGCGGUUACUAUUCACGUGGUCCGAAAUGAAAAUGAUUCUUGCUGGCGUGCCACUUAUCCUACUGUUGUUAUUUACGAACAGAAUGGUUAAUGGUGCCGGGUUAAAGGUGGGUUACUACCGUCAUACAUGCCCUGAGGCAGAGGCAAUUGUAAGUGAUGUUGUGGGCAAAGUUCUUAGAGCCAAUCCUGGUUUGGCACCUCCUCUCAUAAGGUUGCAUUUUCACGAUUGCUUUGUAAGAGGUUGUGACGGGUCAAUCCUCCUCGACUCCACACCAGGAAACGUUGCAGAGAAAGACGCCCCUGCAAACAAUCCCAGCCUUUCAGGCUACGACAUCAUUGAUGCAGCAAAAUCUAGAAUAGAAGCCAAAUGCCCAGGACUGGUUUCUUGUGCUGACAUAGUGGCUUUCGCUGCAAGAGACAGUGCCCAUCAAGUUGGUGGAUUAAUGUGGGCUGUUGAGGGAGGACGAAGAGACGGGAGAAUAUCUCGAGCAUCGGAUACUCCGGGGAAUCUUCCACUUUACUCAUCCGACGUAAAGCAGCUGACACAACUCUUUGCUCGAAAACAUUUGUCCCAAGAGGACAUGGUUACUCUUUCAGGAGCACAUUCAAUUGGGAGUUCGCACUGCGCUGCUUUCAGUGAUCGUCUGUACAAUUUCAGCGGCAGAGGUGGGGAGGACCCUUCGAUGGAUCCUCACUAUGCUCUUCAGCUCAAAGCCCAAUGCCCCCCUUCAAAUCCACCCAACGUCGUUGUUUCAUUCGAUCCUCUGACCCCUAAUAAUUUGGACGUGAAAUACUACGUCGAUUUGCUACAGAGACGCGGACUGUUAUAUUCUGAUCAAACAUUGAUGUCAAAUAAUUCUACUUCCAGACUCGUGAAGAUUUAUGCUAAGUAUCCAGCCAUUUGGAGGAAGAUGUUUGGGAGAGCGAUGGUAAAAAUGGGGUCAAUUGAUGUGUUGACUGGACCGCAAGGUGAGAUAAGGAAGCAGUGCCACGUUCCCAACUAGCGAAACCCUUUUCUACCCUCAAGAACAGUUAUUAUUAUAAUAUUACAGUUCUGUUACGAUUUUCAUUAGUUUCUGAUAAGGACAAGAACAGGAGGAGCUGAUGCAGUGUGGAAUGCCUGUUCAAUAAAAACAAAGGAUAUUUUCCAUGGAAUGUUCACUUUGUAAAUGUUGAAUUUUUUAAUUGAAAGUGAUAAAUUAAAA